AUGGCGUUCAAUUCACCGACCUCGAGUUCGCCAGUCCAGGUACCUGAUGGAGCGUUGCGAACACCGGCCAUCAAGCGCAUAUCGACACCUUCUUCCCUCCGGCUUCAGACCAUCACAGAAAGCUCCUACGCGCCGCCAAUCCCUCCGAAGAGCAACCUGAGGAAUUCGAAUUCUGUCUCGUCGCUGUCGCGGAAUCUAUACUUCACGCCUGCCGGGCUAUCACCGGACAAGCGAAGUAGUGUCUCGACUGCGCAGAGCGCUCCCCCUGCCUACGAAUGGCCUCCUGCACCGCUGGUUGUGGAAGACGCUGGCCCCGUCGACUAUGCUGCAGACAAGAAGCUGUCUGCCCUCCGACGUCAACGUGGCGAAAAGCAGCGAGGCGGACGGAAGCGCAUCGUCCUGAUCGUCGCUCUCGUGUUCUUGAUCAUUGUUGCUCUGGCCGUAGGAUUAGGUGUCGGCUUGACAGUCGGCCGGCGCAACGGCGAUUCGUCUCAAUCCGGAUCUUCGAGCGCACCUUCGGGAGCAGAUAAUAAUGGUCCUGUUACUCAACCAUUUCCCUUGGGAGAGUUCAGCUUGUUGACGGCACUCACAAACGUCACAACGACUUGCACGACAAAUCCGACGACAUGGAGCUGCUACCCAUCUGUAAUCUACGACCCUUCAGAUUCCGAUUCAGCGGCCCCAAUCAUGUCCACUUUCAACUGGGUCUUGCGAAACACUUCUUCGAGCUAUGCCACGAUCCGCACUGCUCCUACAUCAGAUCAAGGCGUGCCGGCCAAUCUCUCCGUCAGCUCGACGGACAAUCCAUUCGGCAUCACGUUCAACGAUCGAAAUCUGACCUACAUCUCUCCAUCUUCCAAUGCUAGUGCGGCCCGAUACGUUUUCAGCUUCACGAUGAAAAAGGCGGUCUUUCCUACGACAUCUCUUACGAGCAAUGGUAUCACAACGCAAUGCUUCUUCAACCAAACCAUCUUCACCGGCACGAUGUACCUCUCUCAGCCACGGACGUACCCUCCAAGCGGUGCUUCUACUAGUGGUGCCAGCUACGCCCAGUGGCCAUAUGCUGUUGACAUCAGCCAAAGCAGCGCGGGCGGAGACAGCACUCCCGCUUGCUACGAAUAUGUCAAUGGUGUCAUCGGAAACAGAGUCACAACAGCCCUGGCACCCACCUCGAACAGUUCACAGUGUUUAUGCGAUUACCGGAACUUUUAG